AUGUCGUACAUUAACAUCCCGCGGGAUCGAAACGAUCCAAACUACAGGUACAAGAUGCCCAGACUGAUAUCGAAAAUUGAAGGAAGAGGAAAUGGCAUCAGGACGAAUAUUGCGAACAUGGGGGAAAUAGCAAGGUCGUUGAAGAGGCCGCCAAUGUAUCCAACCAAAUUUUUCGGAUGCGAAUUAGGAACGAUGGUAAAAUUUGAAGAAAAUGAAGAGAAAGCAAUUGUAAAUGGUGCACACAAGGAAAACGAUUUAGUAAAUAUAUUAGACAAGUUCAUCGAAAUGUAUGUUCUCUGUCCUCACUGUUUAUUACCCGAAACGGAUAUCAUCGUUAAGAAGGGUUUCCUAAUAUGUAAGUGUAACGCAUGUGGAAAUAUUGGAGAGCUAAAUAAUUCCCACAAAAUCGCUACGUACAUGAUUAAGAACCCCCCCCAGAUAAGUACCGUUGGAAGUAAAAAGAAGAAAACGAAAGAGAAAAAGGUGGAGAAAAAUGGCAAGGGGAAAGGUGAAAAAGGAGGAUUAACGGAGAAGGGGGAUAAAAAUGAAGAAACGAGAAAUGGAAUUCUACCAUCCGGAGGAGACUAUGAUAGUUCGGAUGCUCUAGACACAGAUAAAAGUAAUCCAGUAAAUAGUGAAAAUGUUAAGAAAGACAAAAAAUCAAAAAAAAAAGAUAAAAAAAAAAACAAAACAGAAGAUAACUUUGUAUUAGAAAAAGAAUCUCUCCAUUUUGACAGUGUAGAAAUUAAAGAAGUUAUAGAUAGGUUGAGGACCCUAUUUGUUACCUUCCCAAAUAUCAGUGAAAAUGAUUUCUGUGAGGAACUUCGUGUGUUGCAGGUAUCUCAGAGCUUCGACUCCAAGUGUAGAAUUUUCAUUUGCCUCUCUGCUUUGUUUGACAAUCAGAUAACCAAAGAGUUAUUACAGAAGUAUAUAAAAUAUAUAAAGAAAGUUAACGAUACUUCGGUUACCGUUAUGGAUAUUUUUCUCGCGUUAGAAUACUAUGUCAACAAGGUAGCUGUGAACGCGCUUAUUAUUUACCCUUAUAUUUUACAAGUACUGUACAACAAUGACAUUUUAGAAAGCAAGGAUAUUAUUAAAUGGUAUGAUGUUAGCAGCUCUGCGACGGCCUUGUUCGAAAAGAGUAACAACUCUGAAAGCCUUGAUGAAAGAAAUAAGUACUACUUGGAGUGUUACAAUAAAUGCAAAUGUAUGGCUAAACAUUUCGUUAGUUGGUUGAAGGAAAAUGAAUCUGAUGAAGAUGAGUCGGAGGAGGAAGACAACCAAGUUAGUAACCACGUGAAUAGCAACUUAACAAGCUACAAAGUUAAGUCUUUGCGAAAUAAUGAUGACAAAAGUAGGGAAACCCCUAACGGGGGUAGCACCAACAACGUAGUCGCCAACGACAACGAUAAGGCGUUUGAAGAUUCCAAAAGUGAAAAGUGUGAGGAAGAAAUAUUUUUGGAUGCGAAAGAUGGUAUCAACUACACGGGCGAUGAGGAGGAAAUCGACAUCGAUGCUAUUUGA